AGUCAGGUGGUGUGUUCCUGUGCGAAGCCACCUGAUUGGGGUACCUCAUUAAAGCUGCGCGCUGAUUGGCUCAUUCUCAUCCCGUCGUGGUAAAACAAACUCACCGGGCUCCACACACCGAGGAGGAGGAAGGGGAGGAACUGAGCGCUCGCUUUAGUUUUAUUUGAUCUGAUUUGACUCAAGCCGGUGGUAGAGAGGAGGCAGGUGGACUUUCAGAGCAGCCAUGACGGGGAAAUCAGUGAAAGACGUGGACCGAUUCCAGACGGUCCUCAACUCCUUACUGGCGCUGGAGGAGAACAAAUACUGCGCUGACUGCGAAUCUAAAGGUCCAAGAUGGGCUUCCUGGAAUUUGGGCAUCUUCGUUUGUAUCCGCUGCGCUGGCAUUCAUCGAAAUCUGGGGGUACACAUCUCAAAAGUCAAGUCGGUCAACCUGGAUCAGUGGACGCAGGAGCAGGUCCAGUGUGUCCAAGAGAUGGGGAACGCCAAGGCCAAGCGUCUCUACGAAGCCUUCUUACCGGAGUGCUUCCAGCGCCCCGAGACGGACCAGGCUGCAGAAAUCUUCAUCCGGGACAAAUAUGAAAAGAAGAAGUAUAUGGAUAAGGUCAUAGACAUCCAGAUGCUGAGGAAAGAAAAGAGCUGUGACAACAUCCCCAAGGAGCCCGUUGUGUUUGAGAAGAUGAAACUGAAAAAAGAUGUCAGCCCGAAGAUGGACUCCCAGGCUGUUACAGACCUGCUAGGACUGGAUGCUCCUGCUCCAUUUCUUGUGGUGUCUAAUGGUGGCGGAUGUGCUCCAGACUGUAACGAGAGUCCAGUGGUGUCUAACUCGGCUCAGGCGCGCUCCGCCCUGGAUCUCUUUAGCCUCCUCCCUGCCUCGGCUUCUACAGAAACGAUGCCUGUUUCUAGCUCCUUGCCUCAGAGCAGGGUGACUGCCUCAGUGCCUGAAAACCUGAGUUUGUUUGUGGAUCCCAAACCCAAAACAGAGGAAGGAGCUGUCAAGAAGCUGUCCAAGGAUUCUAUCCUCUCCCUGUACUCGUCCACCCCCUCAGUGCACGCUAGCAGCAUGGCUGCGCACGCAGGUCUGUACAUGAACCGAAUGGGAUACCCAACUCAUCCAUACGGUCCGUACCAUUCUUUGGCCCAGGUGGGGGGGGUGGGACAAAUGGCCAUGAUGGGACAGCAGCAGAGUGGAGUUAUGGGGGUACAGCAAAGCAGCAGGAUUGGAGCCCAACAGAACUGCAUGAUGGGACAGAAGAAUGGUUUCAUGGGUGCUCAGAGUGUCAUGGCACAGCCCGCUGGAGUUGCUGCGUCACCUUAUAUGACAGGGAUGAACCAAGGCAUGAUGGGACAGCAGCAGAACGGUGUAACGGCCCAGCAGCAGGCUGGAGGCGUGCCUGCAUUACCCCAACAACCCGUUUAUGGAGGGCCACAAACCCAGCACCUACAGUGGAACAUGGCCCAGAUGACUCAGCACAUGGCUGGCACGAAUCUCUACAGCAACGGUAUGAUGGGAUACGGCAGCCAGCACACAGGAAGUGCGUCAGCUACAAGUUCAACACAAACGACAGCGCACGUCUGGAAAUGAUGUCAAACAUCCACAAAAAAAAAAGAGUAGAAAUCUGUGGAAGGCCAACAUCUGAAACAGUGGGAGGGGCAACAGGUCCGACUACAUGACACAUUUCUAAAAGCAAAGGGAGGAGGAGGAGGAGGAGGAGGCAGGUGUGAAGAAGACUGGAGAAACAACGACUACCUCUCUUUCUCUGUCCUCUCUGCUCGAGCUUCCUCUUGCCAUCUUGCCCAUAGCCAUGAUCUAGAUUUUCAUGUGUCCCUUCUGGACAUUUUGGCUCUUCGACUAAGAACUGGGUUCAAAGGUCACUGGUCUGGGCUCUUCAUUCAUGUCUAGCCAUUAUUUGAGAGAAUGUGUGCCCCUAGACCUGCAGGUUUGGGUCAUUUUUAACACCGGAUUAGAGCACAGAGGUUAGUUUGUGUAGAUAAACUUGACCUAAAAGUGAGUUUAAAAAGCACCUUGUUGGAGAUGAUCUUUUUGCAAACUGUAUAAUAUCCAUAUUAAUCAAAAGAAUGACAUAAAUCAUAUUUAAAGGAGAGGCCUUUACAGACAGUGGGACUAGUAUAUUAUUUAUAAUAUAUUCCUGCAACUACAAGAGAAGCUGCUGCUACCAUCCAAGAGCUAGUCGCACCUGUUCAGUUGUUUUUAAGCAUAUCCAGAUUCUUGAGUGGCAUGUUUGGGUCAGAGGCAUCAAAGCGUGUCUCAGCCUUUCCCAGCAUCAGUCAACUGCUGUCAGAAAUACUUGGUUAGAAACAUGGGCUCUAAUUUCAGGUUCACGUAAUCUUCUAAAAUUCCUUUUUCAUGCAUGCAGCCAUCUCGGGUCGGGAUGAAGUACACAACACCAGUGGGAUGUUUGCAUUUGGGUGGAAUCUUAAUCUCUGGGAGUGGUUACUAAUAACUUUGCUUUUCAUCAGCUUUGCUAUCUGGGAGAGAUUUAAUAUGAAGAUGUUCAUAAAAACGAUCCGUAAGAUUCCCCGAUUUAUUUGAGUUCAUGUGGGAGCUGAAGCAGUUGAGAUGUAGGCCAGCUCCUGGUCCUCGUAUGAUGCUCCACCAGCAUUCCUCACCUCAACAGCCCUGGAACAUCAUUCUGAUGCAGAAACCCUUUUUAUAUUUUUAGCAUGUUUAUUGAAGUAUUUUUAAAAGGAAAUCUACCAUUUUGUUCUCCUGACAAGUGUCCAUUUGAACUUGGUCCAUCUGGCUACUGGUUGAUGAGACACAACCAUAUCUGUCAGGUUGACAAAGGAAGGGUUUCUGGUAGAUCUGUACAGCUUCCUGAAAAUGACCAUAACCUUAUCAGAGAUUCGCUGCUGUACGGGUGGAAGUGUAAAACUAGAAUCUGGUGCAAAAGUCCAUUUAUGUCAGUAAUCCAUCUCAGACUGAGAGACCAUCUAAAGGCUCAGGAACCCUCUGCAGGUGUUCUGGAUUCAUCACCUGAUUAGCGUGUGACACUAGAAUAUUGAACCUUUUCACAAUAUUCUAAAUGUGAGGUUUUUAUCAGCUGUAAGCUAUAAUCAUCACAAUUAUAACAAAUAAAGGCUGAAAAGUCUGGAUUUGUCCAGAAUGAGUCUGACUCAUAGAUUAGUUUCACCUUUUAAGUUGAAUUACUGACAUAAAUGAACUUUUGCACCAGAUUCUAAUUUUUCUAGCCUGGCAAGCCAGAAUAAAAAUAUUUUUAGUCUAAAUAAAUAUAUUAUUUAGUCUGGCAGCACUCCGUUGACGGCUCUUGGUCGUGGGGCGGGUUCUACCGUUGUCUUUCAAACGAUCUUUGCACGAACAACGUGACAGACUCGCCGCAGCAGAUGCCGGUAAACGAAGCAAUCCGCUGUUGAGGAAGGCAAAAGCACAUCUAUUUUCUAAAUAAGACUUAAACGCAUCAAUUUGCUCCUGAUUGUAAUAAAGCCCAAGUCCAAAUAGUCCAAAAUUGAUGUAAAAGCCGUUUCUAACGAGCUGCAGCCAUCUUGUUCCACUCUGUCGCAUCAUCCUGCCCACCAAACCAAUAGAGCGCUUUGAUUGGCCCAUAAAGCUGAUAGAGCACUGUGAUUGGUCCACCAUUGUAAACCAAUCACGGCACUCUAUCAGUUUGAAACUGAUAUAGAGCUGUGAUUGGCCUGCCAGAAUGCUGCUAGGGGAGCAUUGAGGUUCCAAUGGAGCGUUCCUAGACCAAAGAAGGAAUUUGACGUAGGUCACUAGGCUACAUUUUCCACGUUCACCUGUAUUUCCGGUAUUCACCGGUAUUUCUGAUGGCCCAAACCUCCAAGAGUCACUUAUCUUAAAUGUUAACAGUUUCUACUUGAUUUAGUAGGCCUGUAUACGACUACCAGUCCACCAUGUUUCAACUCAUAAAUCCCUUUAUUUAUCCCUAAAUCUUCACUGUAACAUAAGCUAGUACCGCAACAACGCCUACCUGCAGUAAACAACAUUUAGAGGUAUGACAAGAGGGCUCCUUUUCAAACCAACAACUUUAAGUGUCAAAAGGUCUCGAAUAGAAAUUUGGAACACCAAAGAUCUGCUCUAGCUUUAUUUAGGAUGUACAGUAUUCCUUUAUUCUUCCACUUGUGGUCAGUAGAAGAAAACAGACCAACUUUCUGUUUGGCUGUACUUGUUCCUACCGCUGAUCCACUGUGCUGUUGCCUCAGAAAUGGUGGGACCACUAAAACGGACAGGUCAUCGUGUACGUGCUCGCACAGCUCACCUCAAAUAUCCACUGAAUAACGAUGAAUGUCUGAAGAGGAGAAAAACAGACGUUUCAGUGACUUCCACUGACCUGCAUGAGAAGAAUGUUUAUUAAACUCUGACUGAAUGCAAAUGUUAGUCUCUGCUAAACAUACUGAUCAGUCUUUGACCAAGAAGAAAACAUCAGUGUGUCCUGAAUGUGUUGUCAUGAUUGUACGGACGAGUUCUGGGUACACAAACCUGAGUAUUGCUGCUGUUUUUCUUGUGUUCAGCAGUUUUCACUUGUGUCUUUUACAGGUUCUGUAGUGGAAGCCUUUUGGUGUUUUUGGACAAAGGUUUUGAUGUUAGUUGUCAGGUUAAACACAAACUGUGAUCAGACUGAAGCUCUUUUGGGUCAUUUGGGAACAUUUGUGACUUGGCUAAUUCCACAAGUGACACUAAUGGAAUAAUUUGGACACUUUGGAGUGAAAUUGAGAACAAUAAUAUCGAGCUAGCUGUUUAACUGUCAGGGUUUAAGUCUGACAGCUAGCUGUAAUGUGACCCAGACCAAACUAGAUUGCCGCUCUUAUUGCCACCAACUCAUGUGAAUCUUAUUCAUUUUAACUUAAUCUCAACAUUCCUGCCAGUUUUACAUCUUGUUAUUUCAGAAGUAGUAUUCCGUGUUGACAACUCAGCAUUUUUCUCAUUGUUUUAGCAAACAUUCAGAUCACCCAAGCAAAAACGUUAUACAAUUAGUGCCUUUUCCUGAUGUCUGGCCCUUUUCCACUAGCACCUACAAAGUCCAGUUCAGCCCGGUUCCGAGGAGUUUCCACUAGUGACGGGUACAGGGAUUCUGCCCAGUUUUAGAACCGGCUUCAAAGUGGUUCCCACCGUUCUGAGCCGGGCCGAAAACGCCUCAUCAGAGACUUGGUUUCUGAUUGGCUAGGGGGUGGAGCCACUGGUUACUCCGCCUCUCUACUGUCAGCCUUUUGUGAGUCUCCUCUUUUCGGAGUUUGACAAAAACCUUCAACUUAGUUAUUUUUGCUGCUCCUAAAUCUGGAUAAAGCUUGGAGCUGUGCCAUCAGAAACAGGAACUGAUAGAAGAAAAUUUAUUUAACAACUUUAUGUUGGGGCUGCGCAGUGGUUAGAGCUGUUGCCUUGCAGCAAGAAGGUCCUGGGUUCGCUUCCCGGCCUGGGAUCUUUCUGCAUGGAGUUUGCAUGUUCUCCCUGUGCAUGCGUGGGUUCUCUCCAGGUACCCCGGCUUCCUCCCGCAGUCCAAAAACAUGACUGUUAGGUUGGUUGGUCUGUAAAUUGUCCUUAGGUGUGUGUGUGUGUUUGUGUGCAUAAUUAUUUGUCCUGUGUCUCUGUGUUACCCUGCAAUGGACUGACACUGUCCAGGGUGUACCCCGCCUGAUUGCCCGCUGACCGCUGGAGAUAGCCCCCCACCCCCCGCAACCCUACGUGGACAAGCCGGUUCAGAAGAUGGAUGGAACUUUAUGUUAACUUUUGACUUUUUGUUUCUUUCACAGCAUUACCCUUCUCUCCUACAGGAUCUGUUCCAUACACAUGCCCAAAUAUGCAAAUUAGAUUGUGUCAUUUUGAGACUUAGCUACUUUGAAGGCAUCGACAUUGGAGGGAUGUAUUAACUUCUAACUGUAAUUGAUAUAUAUGAAGGUGGCAACAAAACACAUUUUUGGUUUGAGCUAGCCGUUGGCUCAUGACAGACAAAAGAUAUUAGUUCAUAACUGAGGCCUACUUUAAGAUGUCCAAACUAUCUCUUUGUACUUUUUAACUUCCUUUCGAUUUUCUUAAUGAUGCAUGAAGCCAUAAACAAAAUCCGUCCAUCCACCUUUUUUAUGUGAAAGCAUUUUUGUUUUACGUAGCCACUUUUUUAGCUGCCAGUCAAAUAGCAGCACAGCCUUCAUAGCUCUUCUUGUUUUAUUCUGUUUCUGUUUCACUGACCCAGGUUUUACUGAACAUGGGUCAGUCACAAACAGUCGCUUUGAGCAGCGACUUUUUGUAGAAAAUGUGACAUAUCUAUCAACGAACAAGGAGGAGUACCUGAAACAGCUCUGAGAUUAACUUUGCUUUAGUUUUUUAUUGUCUGGAACAAGCCCCCACAAUGCGGGUCUGUAAGUGAGGCCAAUGAGGAAAUGAAAUAAAUUGCAGUUCCACCCUCA